AGGGGCUUUGCACGUCGUAUUAUACUAUGCCCUUUAUGCGGGCUGUUAGAAAUACUAUCCAACAUCCAGCGUUCUUAAACCAAAGUCGUUUAAUUGGAUUGUUUCCCUAAAGUUCAUCUUGAAUAAGUGUUAACUGGACAUCAUUUUAAACAUACGGAGCUAAAAUCAUUCAUCACACCGAUAGGAUUUUGCCUGGAAUAUAUAAUGCUGUUCUCCAUGUACUAUUGUGGACAUAACAAGUAAAGGUGUUAGUUUGUGAAUGUUUUUUAUGUAAUGGAAAUAUUGCGACCUCGCGAAUGUGGACACAGCAUUGUGAAGACAUUCUGAGAAUCAUUUUAUUCCAAGAGUGCAUUUACCAUUCGAUGGUAGGGUAUUCCGUUAACUAUUUGGCACGACUGAUUGAUGAUUUCUAUAACAUAACCCAACAUGGCUAUUUUCAGCUAUAUUGUCUUUUAUGGAUUAUUCAUUUUUAUACAAGCAAAUGUGUCUGAAGGUGUUGAGUGCUACCAAUGUUCACAUGUAAACGGCACAGGAUCACCAGACUGCAUCGAGCCAUUCCCAAACCCGGUCCCUCUCACUAAUAUAACCGUGGUUGAAUGUGAAAAGUAUUGCAUUAAAUCCGUCACCAUGGAAACAGUUUCGAAUCCGACGGGCGGAACUGCGAAAGAGUUCUACGCCUCAUCCAGGACGUGUGGAUCGCAGUGCAUAGAAGCGUGCUACAGGGCUGCACCGGGCCGGGCCAGAGAGACCUGCACGUACUGCUGCGAGGGAGAACUCUGUAAUACUGCCAACACUGUUUCUCAAAGCCUGGCAUUGUUACCGAUCCUGCUGACAUUUGUAUUGAAGCUUUUUUAGAAAGUCCCAUUCUAUGUUAUACCGAGGUUUAGCGAGGUUUUUUUUCCUGACUGCCAAGAAAGUACGAAUGCCUGUGAGCAAGCAACCAGAGAACCGACGACUUAAAGUCCUUUCCGAGGGACCUGGUAAUGAGGAUAAAUGCCUCACCAAAGGGCACUAGCGCACCACUUAGGAAUCGAACCCGGGCCAA